AUGGCUGAGGAUUCACCGAAGGUAGUGGUGGAUCCGGAGGAGAGGCAACGAAAGUUGCGAGAGAUAAGAGAGAAAGAUAGGGCCAAUAGGGCCAAGAAGCAGGCAAAGGGUGCGCCUAGCACUGCCCCCUCGACAGCAGCCCGGGCUGCUGAAAAGUGGCCUCGGCAGGAGGAUGAUGAGCUAUUGGCGGAGCUGGAGAAGAAGCGGAGGGGGCUUGAGUCUUCGAUCCAUGACGUCAUGGGUGGAACAGUGCUGCCGCCAUUCGACCUAGAUCCCCCACCCAGGCUGCUGCUCGAGAUGGAGGAGCUGUUCCCUGCAGGUACCGAGGAUAUAGACUUUGCCUCGGUUCGACGGAAGGCGAAGGAGGUAACCCUGGCCAUGCAUCGCCAAGAAGUGCCUCUUGUCAACGCCUUCCUGACUGGGGUAAAGAUUGAUGCGGGGGAGCUCGCUCGGACCAAGGCCACGAACUUCUCCGAUCGGGUCCAGAAAACGGUGAUCUCUACCGCCAAUGCUUUUGGGGAUAUCCGCUACCGCCGAGGCUCAGGCUGCCCUCCGGAGAGGAAUGCACUUCAUCUGAAGGUGGGGAGGUUGGAGCGGGAGCUAAAGGAGACAGCCCGGCGGCUAGAGGCGGUGGAGGAGGCUAGGCUCGAGUCUGAGAGGAGGAGGACCGAGGAGCUGAGCGUCGCUCGUGCCGAGGCUGUGGAGGAGUAUCAGGGCUCAGAUAGGUUCAAGAGCCUUGUGCUGGACGCGAUGGUCGAGGAGCAGUAUGGGUGGGAGAAACUAGCUGCGAGGUUUAAUCCAGAGUUGGAUAUAAACUUCGACACCAGUGGUGUUCCCCCUCCCAUUCCUUCCGGUCGGGAGUUACUGUUUGCGGCUACUCCGUCUGCCGAGGCCACGAGUCCUUCUGAGGCCGAGACGAGGGGAGGUGCCGAUGCUAGCGGAGGGGAGUCGACCGUGGAUCCUGACACAGCUGCCGAGGAGGAGGCGGACGACCAUGCCGAUGCCUGA